CUUCACCUUCCCUGUUCCAGCAGGAGUACAGACCUGUAGCCACGAGUUAAUGCCUUCUAAAUAAGAAGACAUUACGUGUGCCAGGGGUCACAAGCCAAUUCAUCCAGCUUGUCUCCUCUAAUACUCCAGGUCUCCUGUGAGGCCCGGCCUGCUGGCCUUUAGGUGACUUGCUGUCGUGAAGCCUAGGCUAUGGCCAAGCUGGAAGAAAGCCCUUGAAGCUUGCCUGGAGAAAGAAGCAUGCAGGGCCCCCUAGGCAGAGGAACAGGCCCUGGGCUGUCCCCUGUGGACAGACGGACACUUCUGGUCUGCACCUUUAUCCUGGCUGUAGCUUGGGGCCAAGUGAAUUUCACAGGAGACCAGGUUCUUCGAGUCCUGGCCAAAAAUGAGAAGCAGCUGUCACUUCUCAGGGAUCUGGAGGGCCUGAAGCCCCAGAAGGUGGACUUCUGGCGUGGUCCGGCCAGACCUAGCCUCCCUGUGGACAUGAGAGUUCCCUUCUCUGAACUACAUGAUGUCAAAGCUUAUCUGAAGUCUCACGGCCUUGCUUACAGCGUCAUGAUAAAGGACAUCCAGGUGCUGCUGGAUGAAGAGAGAGAUGCCAUGGCGAGGUCCCGAAGGCUGGAACGCAGUACCAGUAGCUUCAGCUACUCUUCUUAUCAUACACUGGAGGAGAUAUAUAGUUGGAUUGACAACUUCGUAGCUGAACAUUCUAAUCUCGUCUCCAAAAUUCACAUUGGCAACAGCUUUGAAAAUCGGUCCAUUCUUGUCCUGAAGUUCAGCACUGGAGGUUCAAAUCGCCGGGCUGUCUGGAUUGACACUGGGAUCCAUUCCCGAGAGUGGAUCACCCACGCCACCGGCAUCUGGAUCUCGAAGAAGAUUGCCAAUACAUAUGGCAAAGACCACGUCUUGAAAAAAAUAUUGAAUGCCAUGGACAUUUUCAUUGAGAUUGUCACCAACCCUGAUGGCUUUGCUUUUACUCACAGCAUGAAUCGCUUGUGGAGAAAAAACAAGUCAAGUCAACAUGGCAUUGCCUGCAUCGGCGUGGACCUCAACAGGAACUGGAAGAUAGGCUUCGGAGGAAAUGGUUCUAACAAAAACCCCUGCUCAGAGACUUAUCGAGGGCCCUCACCUGAGUCGGAGCCAGAGGUAGCUGCAAUUGUGGGCUUCAUCACAAGCCACGGGAACUUCAAAGCUCUGAUCUCCAUCCACAGCUACUCCCAGAUGGUCAUGUACCCUUAUGGCCACUCUCUGGAGCCUGUGCCAAACCACGAGGAGUUGUUCAAUCUUGCCAAGGACACAGUGAAGGCUCUGCACAAGGUGCACGGGAUCGAGUACAUUUUUGGCAGCAUCAGUACCACCCUCUAUACAGCCAGUGGGAUCACGGUGGACUGGGCCUAUGACAGCGGCAUCAAGUAUGCCUUCAGCUUCGAGCUCCGGGACACUGGACAAUAUGGCUUUCUGUUGCCAGCCUCACAGAUCGUUCCCACAGCCCAGGAGACAUGGAUGGCGAUUCGGACCAUCAUGAAACACACCCUGAAUCACCCCUAUUAGCCACAUUACUCAGGCCAGAGCAGUUGGGGUUCACCCCUUUCCCCAAGGCCUGGGACUCCUCCUGAAUCCCAAGUUAAGCAUCCCUUCCCCACACCCUUGUUGGACCCUUAGCAAAUAGAAGCGAGUUUGAACAG